CGCCGUACGCCCUGCAGGGUUCGAGGGGAGAGUGCGAAUCCUAAGUUCCGAGACCUGGGACCCGUCUGGUGCAGCUCCGGGGAAAGGUCGUGAGGCCAGGCGGAGAGCGCCCCGCGGCUCCCCCUGCUGCAGGCGCGGGUCCCCGCGCCCGGUUGUGGAGCGUCGCGCGGGGAGGGGGCGGCGCAGGGCAGCGGCGGCUCGCGGUGUUGUUCGCUCGCGCGUCGAGCGCACCGCGGCUCGGGCGAGCAGUGGGCGCCCCCGGCGGCAUUCCCGGCGGCCCGGCGCCUCAGCCAGUGCCCGGCGCGGCUUCCAUCCCGCAGCCCGACGCUCCCGAGGGGCUCCUGGUGGCGUCCCAGUGCGGAGCCGGACCGGCGGCAGCCGCCGAAGCAUGUAGAAGGGGUACGGCGCGAGCCCCCCACGGUUUCGCGGUGAGCUGGUUCAGUGGCUGAGCUCAAGAUGCCGUUGGUGAAAAGAAACAUUGACCCUCGGCACUUGUGCCACACAGCACUGCCCAGGGGCAUUAAGAACGAGCUGGAAUGCGUAACCAACAUUUCCCUGGCAAAUAUAAUUAGACAACUGAGUAGCCUAAGUAAGUAUGCUGAAGACAUAUUUGGAGAAUUAUUCAAUGAAGCACACAGUUUUUCCUUCAGAGUUAACUCAUUGCAAGAGCGCGUGGACCGAUUGUCUGUUAGCGUCACACAGCUUGACCCUAAGGAGGAAGAACUGUCUUUGCAAGAUAUAACGAUGAGAAAGGCUUUCCGGAGCUCCACAACUCAAGAUCAGCAGCUUUUCGACCGCAAGACGUUGCCUAUUCCAUUGCAAGAAACAUACGAUGUGUGUGAGCAACCUCCACCUCUCAACAUCCUCACUCCUUACAGGGAUGAUGGUAAGGAAGGGCUGAAGUUUUAUACCAAUCCUUCAUAUUUCUUUGACCUGUGGAAAGAAAAGAUGUUGCAAGAUACAGAGGAUAAGAGGAAGGAAAAGAGAAAGCAGAAGCAGAAAAAUCUAGACCGUCCUCAUGAACCAGAGAAAGUACCAAGAGCACCUCAUGACAGGCGGCGGGAAUGGCAGAAGCUGGCCCAAGGUCCAGAGCUGGCUGAAGAUGACGCUGACCUCCUACACAAGCAUAUUGAAGUUGCCAAUGGCCCGGCCUCUCAUUAUGAGACAAGGCCGCAGACCUACGUGGAUCAUAUGGACGGAUCGUACUCACUCUCUGCCUUGCCAUUCAGUCAGAUGAGUGAACUUCUGACCAGAGCUGAGGAGAGGGUCCUAGUCAGACCCCAUGAACCUCCUCCACCCCCUCCAAUGCAUGGAGCAGGAGAUGCAAAGCCCACAGCCGCCUGUAUCAGUUCUGCUACAGGUUUGAUAGAGAAUCGCCCCCAGUCCCCAGCUGCAGGCAGAACACCUGUGUUUGUGAGCCCCACUCCCCCACCUCCUCCCCCACCUCUUCCCUCUGCCUUGUCCACUUCUUCACUAAGAGCUUCAAUGACCUCAACUCCUCCCCCACCAGUCCCUCCUCCGCCUCCUCCCCCAGCCACUGCUUUGCAGGCCCCAGCAGUGCCCCCACCUCCGGCUCCUCUUCAGAUUGCCCCUGGUGUUCUUCACCCAGCUCCUCCUCCAAUUGCUCCUCCUCUAGUGCAGCCCUCUCCCCCAGUAGCUCGAGCUGCCCCAGUAUGUGAGACUGUGCCAGUUCACCCACUCCCGCAAGGUGAAGUGCAGGGGCUGCCUCCACCCCCACCACCGCCUCCUCUACCUCCACCUGGCAUCCGGCCAUCAUCUCCUGUCACAGUUGCAGCUCUUGCUCAUCCUCCCUCUGGGCUCCAUCCAACUCCAUCUACUGCCCCGGGUCCCCAUGCUCCAUUAAUGCCUCCAUCUCCUCCAUCACAAGUUCUACCUGCCUCUGAGCCAAAGCGCCAUCCAUCCACCCUGCCUGUAAUCAGUGACGCAAGGAGUGUGCUGCUGGAAGCCAUCCGAAAAGGUAUUCAGCUUCGCAAAGUGGAAGAGCAGCGUGAACAGGAAGCAAAACAUGAACGGAUUGAAAACGACGUGGCCACCAUCCUGUCUCGCCGCAUUGCUGUGGAGUAUAGCGACUCGGAAGAUGACUCGGAGUUCGAUGAAGUAGACUGGCUGGAGUAAGACAGCCACAGUGACUUGGAAGAUGACUCGGAGUUCGAUGAAGUAGACUGGCUGGAGUAAGACAGCCGCCUUGCUCUGUAUUGCAAGGCUGAAUGCACAUGUCCCUCGUGGCGCUUGUUCUUUGAAAAUGUUCAGUCAUUCUAGUGUUUUGCUUCCUAUUCCUCAUAAUGAAUAACCCUUUCCCUCCAUUAUUUUUGAUUUCUAUGAAAAGUAUUAGCAUAUAUUUCAAACUAAAUAUUUUGUGGCUUAUCUUAAUUUUUCCCCCUGGAAAAAUAUAAUUUGGUCCAAUAAACUACUAAGUAUUAAGCAUGGAAAGCCGUUAUUAGAGUAGCAGAUUCAGUUUUUGAUAUUCCUUAAUUGUGCACUUUGUGAUUUUUUUUUUUUAAUUUGAAGAAUGCAACUGAGACUGGAAUCUUGAAGGCAGCUCUGUCUGUGAACGAGCCUUAUUCCAUUUCUUGGUGUUUUAAAUGAAGAAACACUGCCUCGAUUAUAUGAAUACACUCAGAAGGAACAUGUAGCUUGUAGUGUUGAAUUCUCUUAAAGGAAUGGUUAGCUUUGGUUAUCAUUUUGUUGUUUUUGAAUACUUGCCUUAUUUGAACGUUUAGCAGAGCCCCCUUCCCACUUAUAUAUUGUGUGGUACAGUUUUGCUUGCCUAUAGAAGUUUAAAUUUUUCCAUGUGAAAUACUCAGAAUAAGCAUAUGUGUAACUUACAUAAUGUGAGAAUUACAAUCUGAUGUAAUAAACGGUUCAUUUUAAAGGCUC